CCGGUUCUGUCAAUGUCAUAACCUGUGUAAGUUUUAAUGGGAUCGUUCGGCAGUAAAAUUUCACGCUCAUCGAAAAUGGCUAACUCCGCAGAGAUUCAACAAUUCAUAAAAGAUGCUAUUUCGCAAGAAAAAGUGGUUGUGUUUUCAAAAUCAUACUGCCCUUAUUGCACACUAGCUAAAGAAGUUUUUGGAAAAGUUAAGCAACCGAUCAAAGUAUACGAAUUAGACGAGCGUGACGAUGGCCCAGCAAUUCAAGAAAAUCUAGCAAAAAUUUCCGGAUUUAGGACUGUUCCACAAGUAUUUAUUAAUGGUACAUGUGUGGGGGGAGGAUCAGAUGUUAAACAACUGUUUGAUUCUGGAAAAUUACAGCCCAUGCUUAUUGGAUAAAUUUAAAUGUUAUUGAUAUACAAUGAGAUUGCAAAAUUAUAGUACAUUAAAGUCACAAUAAAUAUAGUUGUUAUAAUAUAAUAAAAUGUACAAAUUUCGCUUGCAUUCUACAAGCAAAGAGUAUUAGAGAUAAUUAUGUGUGUUACAUGCUUAUUUUACAUGUUUAAAAUGCAAGU